AAAUAUUUUAUUCUUCAGAAUUUUUAUUGUGUCUUUUGUCUUUGUGAACGCUGCCCGUCAGACAAGUGCAGUUAAAUUCCAAACUUUGCUGAUGUUUGAAGGGAAAAGAAGUAAAUACAACCCCUGCAGCAAACAGACAUUAAGCACAGGCCACAAUUACUGUUUAAUUUUUUCUGUUUUAAGUUGAUAUGAUAAAAAGUAAAAUCACAUUAAAUUGCUAAACUCUGAUUGGUGCACGGAGGUAUCUGACAUCACCUUUUCCUGCCCACUUCAAGCCAGAGGGAAAGGUCAAAGACAAAAACUGAAAUAUCUGGUGGGAAAUAAAAACUGCUCCGAAUUUGUCAGGAAAUGGUGUUGAUGUAGGACUCGGCUGUUCAUUGUAAGAAGCGUAUUGAGAAAACCGGUUUUCAGGACCCUUGAGGACAGUUCUGGACUCUGUGCUGUUUGUACUGUGUAUUUGUGUCUGCGAGAGGGUUUUCUGUGUUUUCACAGUGUUUCUGACCUUUGAUCGGAUCAGAACCUACAUGGCGUCUGUCAGCGGAGAAACAAGGCGACUCUUCGUCCUACGACUCCUUAUCGCCUCUAUCCCAGCAUGCACUGCGCUUCCUGGAGGAGUGUUUGUGACCGGACCUGAGGCCAGCGUUUUCCUGCGUCGCAGUCGUCGGGCGAACUUUCUGUUUGAAGAGUUGAAGCAAGGUAAUCUGGAGCGAGAGUGUCUGGAGGAGAAAUGUUCCUACGAGGAGGCCAGGGAGAUCUUCGCCCUGCCACAACAGCUGGAGAUCUUCUGGACGACGUACAAAGCGGUGGAUCACUGCCUCUCGUCUCCUUGUAAGAACGGAGCAACCUGUACUCGCCAGAUUGAAACCUACAUCUGCAAAUGUCCACCUGGUUUCCAUGGAUACCACUGUGACAAAGUGCGUUUGAGCUCCAAUGGCUGUCGCUACAGAAACGGAGGAUGUGAACAUUUCUGCAGGGAGUUUCCGGACCGUUCCUACAUAUGUUUCUGUGCUCCAGGAUACAGUCUGGCUCAGGACAACAGAACCUGCCUGCCUGAAGAUCGUGUUCCCUGCGGAAGACCACAGUUCCACUUUGCCCCCAGGGUUGUUAACGGGAAAAUCUGCCCCAAAGGACACUGUCCAUGGCAGGCUCUGUUGACUCAGCGUAAUCGCUUUAUCUGCGGCGCCAUCGUCCUGUCAGAUCAGUGGGUUUUGACUGCAGCUCACUGCGUUUGGCAAAAACCUGGCGCCAUCUUCCACAUCACUGUCGGUGACCAUGAUCUACAGGAGGAUGAGAAGACCGAGCAGAAGCAGCGGGUGGUCAAAGUAGUGACCCACCCUGGCUACAACCGGUCCAGCUCCGACAGCGACCUGGCCUUGCUGAGGCUGUACCUCCCUGUGAAACUGGGACUCCAUGUGGUGCCCAUUUGCCUUCCCGCCCAGAACAGCACCUUCAUAAGGACACUGGCGACUGUGCGCUACUCCACCGUGUCCGGUUGGGGCCGCCUGGCGCAGCACGGUUCCCCUGCCAGAUUCCUCCAGCGGCUAGUCCUGCCGAGGGUCCCUCUGCAGGAGUGCCGCCUCCACACCAUGCUCAACAUCACCAGGAACAUGCUCUGCGCCGGGUACAAGGCUGGCGGUCAGGACGCCUGCGAGGGGGACAGUGGCGGCCCUCUGGUGACGCGCUACAUGAAAACCUGGUUCCUGACAGGCGUGGUGAGCUGGGGGAAGGGGUGCGCCAACGAAAACCUGUACGGUGUCUAUACCAAAGUCAGCAACUACCUGGACUGGAUCAAGGAUACCAUGUCCACUGGGUGAACCUGGUUCAGAGUACUGGGAUGUGACGGUCCCAACAGACCCAGUCAAGUAAAAUAUAACUAGGGCUGCAAAUAACAGUUUUUAAUUAACUGGAUUAUUAUUUGCUCAAAUAACUUAGAAUUACUCGUUUGUUCUUUGAAUUAUCCAAAAAUAGUCCAACGCGAGAACAUAUUCAGAUUACUUGUCCUGUUUAAUCAGCAGUCUAAAACCAAAAUAUAUUCCGCUAUCACAGAAAAUCAUGAACAUUAAGAAAAAGUGUUUAUGAUCUAUAUUCACCAUACAAAUGCUGCAUAAUUUGUAUCUUUUUUUGCGUGUUACAUUAAAGACUCGUCAGAUUCAUGGUCAAGGUUUAAAUAGUUGUUGGGUCAACAUACAGGCUCUAAAGGGAUUAUUUUACCCUGUGAAAUGUUGAUUCUUUUAUGAAUUAUUGUUAAAAAAAAUUGUUAUUUUGUUGAAAAUAAAGAGAAAGUAAAGACUGAGACUUUCUGAUUCUGAGUUCAUGUUUGGGAGUGAAGAUUGUUUCGUGUUGUCUUUAACUAACCAA